AUGUUUCUGAUUAUUCUUGCUAGUUUUGCAUUAUUGAGCCUGUGCAAAAAUUGUUCAGUAUUUCCAUACGAUUACACUAAAAUUGUUGGAAAGGAAAAUGAAAAAGUAGUUUAAGAUUUGGGAAACUACUUUGGUUAGAUUACACAUAAAGACGUGGUCACUUUAGAAGAUGAAAAUAACAAACUUUCUUUAUUGAAUCCAAUUUCACUAAUAUCAACAAUAGAAAUGCCUCAAAAUAUCAAUAAGAUAAUAUCGUAUUCCACAUUGACUUCGCCAUAAUUUGAAUUGCUUAAUAAAUAUCAAUUAUUAGCUAUUAAUAAUAAUGAUGAUUUAAUUUUGAUAUGGACAACACAAUUUGUAGCAGGCGCUCAAGGAAGAAUGCCAAAAUUUGACUCUAACAAAAUAAUUGGAAAAGCCAAUUAAGUGAAUUGUCAAUCAUCAAUAAUUUUAGAUCCAAAACACUUUCUAAUAGAUUGUUAUUAAAUUGAGGCUGGAAACUUAAAUAAUCAGUUUUAUUUAAUCAAUUAAGAUGAGGAAGAUAUAAUUAAGAUUGAAAACUCUUACCCUUUGUUGGCAGUUUAAAAGCGAUACAUUCUAAGCACAAAUAAUUAUAUCUACCGAAUUACAACUUUCUCAAAUGAAAAUCCAUCAUAUAUAGAAAUAUUCACUUAUGAUUUAUAAAAGAAGGAAAUAGAAAGGAAAAUAAUCAUUGAUGAAGAAUUAGUGUUAAAUUAUAUUAAGUUUCGUAAAUAUGAUUUUGAAAUAGUUGAUGUAAAAGUAGGGCCAUUAGAUUAAAUCCUAAUUUUAGAUACUUUUGGAAAUGUAUUUUCAAUGAAGUACAUUAUUGAUCAAGACACCUGGGAAUUUGGAUUUUUGGUUAUGAAUUCUGGUUAUUCAAUAUCAUUUGAUUAUUCCUUCAAGUCGAACAUUUUAGCAGUGUUACAACCUUUUAAAAUUAUAUAUGGAAUGUAUUUUCCUCAAUACUAUAAUUCAAUUGAGGAUUUAUCAGAAUUCAAAAUUCAUAUAACCAAAAAUUUUUUAUAUUUAGUCUCCUCUAAUAAAAUAAUGUCAUUUCUUCUAGAUGCUUUUGAGCCAAACUAUGAAACAAAUGGUGAUUUCAGCAAAUUGUAAACUGGUUAUUUACAAAAUGAUUUUUUAGUUUUAAGCAAUACAAAUAUCAAACAUUAUUAAGGAAGAUCUGAAUAUAAAAUUUAAUAUAUUAAUAAUCAACCUUAAUUAAAGGGGGUAGGAACAUUAAGUUAUAACUAAUGCUAAGUGAAAAUUGAAUAUCAAACAGUUGCUCGCGAUUCUAAACUACUUAUUUUGGUUUCCAAAGGAAAUAUUAUUGAUACUCCUUUUCUUUCGGAUACUAUUUAUUUACAAAACUCUUAGACAAACAACAUCAACAAAUUAGUUGAUGGUCCCAUGUAAUAAAUAUCCUUCUAAAAAAUUGAUAAUAGCAAUUCAUAUUAAAGCGGUAAUUUAAGUUACAUCAGAAUUGCUGCAGACUCUAAAACUGUAUACGAAAGUGAAGAUCUAAGUUUGAAAAACAUAAUAUUUACAUAAACCAUUUCAAUGCUAAAUUCUAAGGAUAAUAACUAUGUCAUUAUAACUUAGAAUCAAGAAUAGGAUUUAAAGAUUUAUAGUUGUUAUUUUUCGAUUGCUUAAGCUUGCACUAUAAGUUAUGAAACAUCCCUUAAAUUUAAGAUAACCACAUAAAACACAGCUAUCUAAUAUGAAGAUUUUUCUCUAAAAUUUAUCACUUUAUUAGAUUAGAAAAAUUUAUUUUUUUAUUAAUUUUUUUAAGGGUAAUAUUUAAAUUAAACAAUCACAUUCACUGAUAAAGAUCCAAUCAAUGAGAUAGACAACAUUUAUACUAACUAUAAAUAUUUGAUAGCGUUUUCAAAAAUGAAGAAAAUAAUUGCAGUUUAUAGCUUUAAAGAUGUCAGUUUUCAAUACAAAAUUACGUUAGAUUAAAUGAACUAAUUUGGGAUUUCUGAUUGGAAUCCUUAAAGACUAUUUUGCAAUAAUUAUAAGGAAAUUCUAUUUAUCCUUAAUGGCCAAUAAUAAAAUGAAGUUUUGAUACUGACGUUGAAUUCAAAUUAUUUUACUUUAGAUUAUGUAAUGAAAAUAAAUGAAUCAAAAGAUAUAAAAAUAGUUACAUUUGUUGAAAGAUUUGCUCUGAUUUAAUAAUUUGAAAAUGGAAUGAUAAGUUUUGAUGUCUAUAAUAUUAAGGAGGGCACGAAUAUAUAUUUUGAAAAAUCUCCUUCUUUUUACGAAUACAAAAUUUCAGAUUUAAAUUCCAUCUAUUGGGUAUCAUCUACAAAUUUGUUACACUUUAAAGCAGAGUCAGAAAAUAAAUACUAUUUAUUAUCCUACUUAAUUGAAUAAACAGAUCAUAAUUCAUUACAUUGUAUUUAAGAUUUAAAUUAAACAAACCAAUAUAUCACAGUUGAUCAAAAUAAAAUAUUUUAAUUCAAUUAGGAUGUCAUAGAAAUAUAUUAGAUUGAAAGAAAACCUAAUUUGCUUUAUUACGUGAGUUUUAAGGAUGAAACAUUCAUAAGUAAUGUAAAAUAUUAAAUUAUUUAUAAAAAUGGAUAAGAAUUGUUGGUCGAUCAAAGCUUUAGACUUGUAAAUACUUAUAUAGACUUAAAAGUGUACCCAGAUAAACUAAAUAUUACUACUAACUUAUCUUCAAAGGUUUAAAAUAAUUAUAUUUAAAAUAUGGGAAGAGCUUGGUAUUUUGGCGAAGUUAGUAAAUUUAAUUCAGAGGUUCCUGAUGUUAAAGGUUAAAAAAUUGAAAUUAUUGAUCCUAUGGAAUAAGUAAUAGAGUACUAUUAAAAUAACACAAUAAGUGUUGCUGAUCUAAAUACAAAUUAUGUUUUUGUUUUAAAAAGUGAUAGUUUUGUAAUUGUUAGCAAAAAAACAAAUAUUGUAGUUUCUGAAAAAAGCAUAACAUAAGGAUAUGAUUGCAAAAAUAUAUUAGCAACAUAUUAAUCUUAAAUUUUGAUUAAGUGCACAUAGGGAAAAGCAGUGUUCAUAAGUGGAAUAAAAUGUGUAGAUGCUGAUUGCAAAGAAGGCGAUAGUUGGUUAAAUAUAGAUUAUGAAAUUAUUGCUGGAUUUAUGGACGAAGAUAAUAUUUACCUUAUCUAAAGUUAGAGUAUAGUAGUUUACUCCAAUUAAAUUUUAGAUAUAAAGAAUGCAAAGAAUUAUGGCUUGGUUACAUUUAAUGAUUUUGAAUAUUUUUACUAAGGAGUAGCUAUACAAAAAAUCUAAAACAAUCUUUAUCAUAUUUAUUGCUCAGAUAAAAACUAAAAUUUUAUUGUAUUGGAAUACACAAUUAAGGAAGAAAAAUUUUUAAGGGUUGAUAAAAUACAGUAUAAUCUAUACGAUUUACUCAAUAAUGAAUUUUAUAUUUUACCCUCAGCUGAAUUGAAUUUGAUAAAAGUUAUCAAUCUGUAUAAAUAAGAUGCUAUCUAUAAAGUUGACUUUAUAAUAUUUGCUACAGAAGGUCCUCACUAUGGAAUAAGAAUGGAGUUCGAUUGUAAAUCUGAUUAAUGCGCCCUAAAAUAAGAGCAGAUAUAGAUACUAUAUGUACUAUAAGGUUAUGGAGCAAGCAAAGUUCAUAGCUUGAUAUUGCCAAAAGUACUAAUAAAGCAAAAAUAUGUUUCUAUUGUGUAUGAUUUAAAAAAUUAAGGCCUUCGCUCCUUUACCUAGGCUAUAUAUGAACUUCCAGAAAAAGAAUCUAAAAACCCUGCUGUUUUCUUCUUUGCAGCGAUUAAAGAUCCCUCAUAUGGUUAUUAUGAAACUUUUUAAACAGAAAUGUACACAUAUGCAAAUGAUUUAUAUUUAAUUAGUAAUUUAAAAUAAUAUGGGUAAUUAAGAUUAUAUAAGGUUAACCAAUCUCCAAAAUUAUUGAUUGAUGGGAAUAUUAGUUAAACCUAGGUUUCUGUUACAUUAAAAAAUGAUUACAUAGAAAGGGGAUUAUAAUUUGAUCUUACAAUAUCAGGAGAUGAUUCUGAUUAAUCUGAUCAUAAAGGCCAUACAGUAUUAUGGAUUAUUUUAGGAAUAUUAGGAGGAUUGAUCGUUUUGGGGGUUGGUUAUAAAUGUUAUACAAAGAACAAAUCUAAAAAUGAGCCUCUGUUAUGA